GUAAAAACACAGACUUCUACAUUAACCGUUGCUCUUCCCUUCAUUUAAAGCUUCUUUCUUUCUUUUCUUUUUUAAAAAGUUUUUCUCUCAAUUCCAUUAAAACUUUCUCUCUGAUUCAGUACUGACAUAGAUGUCCCCUCUCCUCCAGACUUCUAGCUUCUUUAGAACUCUUUUCUCUCUCGGAAAUAACCUUUCCUUUCCAUUUUCUUUUCCUUUCUUUCUUUCCUUCACUUUCCUUCUGGUUUCAUUUGAUUCUCAGCCAAUCCCCAUACGGUCACUAUACCCCUUUUCUUUAUUCUCUGUAUGCUUUAUUCCCUAUUCUCUAGCUGGCUAGAUAGCUAGCUUCCUGUUCCUAUAUUACUUGAAGGGUUUUCUUUGUUUCUUCAAUCCAAAGCAUGGGGUUCUCAGAGAAGCCUCAAGUUGAUUCUGGGUUGGAAUUGGAUUCUAAAAAAUGGGUUAUUGCAGGAAUUCCUUUAAGAGCUCCUUUAAAGCCAAUUUUUACAAAUCCUGUAGAGAAAGAAAGCGAAACUGAUGAGUGUUCGACGACGACCACCACACCGACAAGUGAAGAUGCUAGAAUUCCGACGAGACUGACAUGCCCGCCAGCACCCAAGAAGAGAAAGGCUACUUUGAAAUGCAGUUACAGUGGUGUUAGAGAGUUCUUUACUCCUCCUGACUUGGAAACUGUUUAUAUACGCCAUGUUGAAAGGGCUAAGUAACUGAUUGAUUGCUGAUCAAGUUUCGCAGGCUUUUCUGCCUCUUCGCGAUUUGCUUCCUUUUCCCUUUCUAAAUUCUCUCUCAUAACUUUAUAGUUUUCUUUGUUUCCUUAGUUUUUCAGCUAGGGCACUUUUAAUUAGCUAGUGUUUAUUUAGGAGAGGAGCUUGUGUACAGCUUGUAUAUGUAAAGAAAAGCUACAAUUUAGCUGGCUAGCAUUCGAAGCUCAUUUGCUCUCUCUCUCACUCACAAGCUUCAUGUUAUGGUUAUAUUAUUAUUAUUAACAAGCUUCUUUAAUUUCCUUUUGUA